GACAGCCGCCGCAAGAAGUAGCAGAGUACUUUUUGGCUUUUGCUGUCAUUUCAGUGUCCUCUUUCCCAUUUCUCCCUAAAAAUCUCUCCCAAUCCUUCAAUUUUCUGAAAUCUUCAGUUACAUUAUUAAUUUUAGGUUAUUCUCAUUUGAAUUGAAAUAACCAUGGCAACGCAAUUUGGUUGUGUGAAGACCGUGUUCCCUGUUGCUACUAUCAACAGGAGAGUCUCCCAUUGCGAAACACCGUUGUUGUUUCCGUGUCGAAUUGGGUAUGCAUCGCGUGUAUCUCACGCUCCCUUAGUUGGAGUGAGAGUGAGUUGUUGCAGCAACAAGGAGAGGGAAAGUGGUGUGGUGUUGGAGAAGUGGGAAGAAACUGAAAAAAGUUACACUUGUGUUAUGAAGUUUGGUGGAUCCUCUGUUGCCAAUGCUAAUAGGAUCAGAGAGGUUGCAAAUCUUAUACUAAGCUUUCCUCACGAGAACCCUAUCAUUGUUCUCUCUGCAAUGGGAAAGACAACUAAUUUGCUUUUAUUGGCUGGAGAAAAAGCUGUAAGCUGUGGAGUUACUAAUGCCAAUUGUAUCGAUGAGCUCAGCAAUAUAAAAGACUUGCAUCUCAGGACAGUAGAGGAACUUGGAGUGGACAGAGAAGUUAUUUCAAAGCAUCUAGAAGAAUUGGAGCAACUUCUUAAGGGGAUUGCUAUGAUGAAAGAAUUGACUCCACGGACUCAAGAUUACUUGGUUUCAUUUGGAGAGUGCAUGUCCACUAGGAUCUUUGCUGCAUAUCUUAAUAAAAUAGGCAUUAAGGCUCGUCAAUAUGAUGCAUUUGAGCUUGGAGUUAUAACAACCGAUGACUUCACAAAUGCCGACAUUUUGGAAGCAACAUAUCCAGCUGUUGCGAAGAGGUUACAUAGUGAUUGGGUUUCAGAUCCUGCAAUUCCAAUAAUUACAGGCUUCCUUGGAAAGGCUCGGAAAUCAUGUGCGGUGACAACAUUGGGUAGAGGGGGCAGUGAUUUGACAGCUACGACAAUUGGAAAAGCGCUAGGAUUGCCAGAGAUUCAGGUAUGGAAAGAUGUUGAUGGUGUUCUAACCUGUGAUCCAAAUUUAUGCCCACAAGCAAAACCUGUUCCAUUUUUGACAUUUGAUGAGGCUGCUGAACUUGCAUACUUUGGUGCUCAGGUCCUGCAUCCACAAUCUAUGAGACCUGCUAGAGAGGGUGAUAUUCCUGUCAGGGUUAAAAAUUCUUACAACCCUACAGCUCCAGGUACCCUUAUCACCAAAACUAGAGACAUGAGCAAGGCAUUGUUAACUAGCAUUGUUUUGAAACGUAAUGUUACCAUGUUGGAUAUUGUAAGCACUCGCAUGCUUGGUCAGUUUGGGUUCCUUGCUAAGGUGUUUUCAAUCUUUGAAGAUUUAGGCAUAUCAGUUGACGUUGUAGCUACUAGUGAGGUUAGUAUUUCCUUGACGUUGGAUCCGUCAAAGCUGUGGAGCAGAGAGCUAAUUCAACAAGAACUUGACUAUGUUGUUGAAGAACUAGAAAAAAUUUCGAGAGUGAAACUCCUAAAGAAUAGAUCCAUAAUCUCUCUCAUUGGAAACGUUCAGAAGUCGUCACUAAUACUGGAGAAGGCUUUUCAAGUUCUUCGAAGUCUUGGUGUCACUGUUCAAAUGAUUUCUCAGGGUGCAUCUAAGGUGAAUAUCUCAUUAGUUGUAAACGACAAUGAAGCAGAGGAGUGUGUCAAGGCUCUCCACAAUACCUUCUUUGAGUCUGAGCUCUCUGAAUUAGAGAAUGAAUGCAUACCUGAAAAUGGUUCUGUUCCUGCAUUAUCUUGAGGAGGAUGCUUUCAAGUUCUUCUAGUUUGAGAGGUAGCAGAUAAAAUUUUAUUGACAUUAUGCGUUUAAGAAAAUUUGGUUAGGACUUGACUUGUGAGGAAUGACGAUGUAUAGUAUGCACUAGUCCAGUUAUUUUCUAGAUCAUAUCUUUAGUGCCUUUUGGGAGCCUUCUCUAAGCUGAGUUGGCUGUCUGAAAGAGAUAUUUUAGGGUCAUUUUAACAAAUGUUUUGAGAACACUUGGGACAUAUAUGAAAAGUAUAUUAGUUAAUAAAUUAUAAAAACAA